AUGAUUCAAACAUCCUUACAAGACAAGAAGGAAGUUUUAAGCGUGGUCAAAGCCGAGAUUGAUUUCGGUAUAUCCUUUUUUCGAAGCCUACCACGGACUCAUCAUCAACGAGUAUGGGCCAUACCUGUUAUUUUCAGCUCGUCUACGAAAACGCCCUCGGACGAUUCAUUUUAUCUCCUGUCCGAUCGAAGUCCGGGCUGGAAAUCUCGAACCAAUCGAUCGAUCUAUACUCCAUCUCAAUCUUGA